AUGCCUCCCCUCCGCGAACUUUCACCGAACAUUCAGGAAUCUGAGGCUACCGGCCGGAAGAGAAGUCACGAUGAAUUCACAGGCGAUCCUAUGGUGGUAGACGCUUCUGAAGAUGUCAAGCUACCACCAUCCGUUUCAGACCCGGUCAACAGAGAACACACCGCUACGAAUGGGGAAAGAGCACCCUCACCAGCUUCGUCAGAGCUCAGUGAGCCUGGCACUUGUACGCCACCGCGCGCCUCUCCCUCUCCUCAAACUCCUGCCAAAAAACAGGCAACACAGACCACUGUCGCCUCCGCAUCCAAAUCGACAACUACCCUACCAAAGCGAAAGAAGUUAACACCAGCUGAAAAGGCCGAGAAAGAAAAGGAGGCUGCUAGAGUAAAAGCCGAAAAGGAGAAAGAGGUUGCUCGAGCCCGGGAGGAGCGCGAAAAGAAAGCAGCCAUUCGCCAAGUUGAGAGAGCCAAGGCCGAGGCUGAAAAGGCUGCUAAAGCCAAGGAACGUGAAGAGAAGAAACGCCAAAUUGACGAAGAGAAGAAGCGAAAGGAGGAUGAAAAAAAGAGAAAGGAGGAGGAAAAGGAGAAGAAAGCACGUCAGCAACCAACCCUUGGCGCUUUCUUUAAAGCUCCAAGCACUCCAAAGAAGGCCACCGACAAUAAACAGACUAAAAAUGGCACGCCCAGAGAAUCAAGCCUCACCAAAGACAUCCCCAAGGCUUCCAAAACCGAGUACCAAAAGCUAUUCCAACCCUUUUUCAUCAAAGAUCAUACCAAAGUUGCCCGCAUUGGACCCGAGAUGGACACCGAGACGCGUGAGGCCAAGUCGAAGAUAUUGGAUGAAAGCGUUGAGGGAUUGAGAGAAGGGGAGCUGAACGGCUCUCGAUUUGACCCGGUCCGGCUGUUCGCUCUGCCCAGCAAACCUUGUCCUCGAGGUAUGCUUCAUCAUCCAGUUAAGCACAUUAUGGAGCAAGUUUUCAAGGAGACAGAGAAAGCGGAAAAUGCUGGCCCCGAGCAUGUUGAUAAGAUCAUGCGAGACACACGUCGAAAGCUUUCCAAGGUGCCCAUAAAGGUGAUCUCAUUCUCGCAAGACGUGCGACCGCCUUACUACGGAACAAUAACUUUCAAGCCAUUUGCUCUCGGAAAACUCAACAUGAGUCAAUUGGCCCGCAAGCCGACAGGAAGACGACUGCCUCUAGACUACGACUAUGAUUCUGAAGCUGAAUGGCAGGAGGAAGAAGAAGGCGAGGACCUUGAUGUCGAUGACGACGAAGAGGAAAUGGAUGACGAAGACGACAUGGACGGAUUUCUGGACGAUUCCGAAGACGCUGGGCUAUCAAGGCGGAUCUUUGCCAACACAUUGGAGCCAAAAAGCACCGGAAUCUGUUUUGAGAGUGGAAAUGGUGCUACAAACCAGGUUGCCCACGAUCACAGAAUGGAGUUUAUGCAUGAUGGACUUCAGCAAACUUGGGGCAUCGAUCCAUUCUCGACGCAAUAUUGGGAACCUGAAGUCAAGAACAAAACAGCGAAACCCACAAAGACCACACAGGCAUCCGAGACAGCAAUGAAGAUGCCUCCUCCUCCCACGCCGUCGAAUGCAUUUGCCGCACUGACUGGCGGCAGCAAUAGUGGUAGUGCUCUUAAACUGGUCAAGUCCGAGCUUCUAGAUGACGUGAAGAGAGCUAUUUUGGAGAAUAAAGCUCUUUCCAAGGUUGGAAUUAUUGACUUUAUUUAUCAUCAAUUCCGAGACGGCGCGUCUCGUGUUGAGGUGAAGAAUACAGUUGAGUUGGUGGCAGAGAAAACAGGCAAGGGGCGCACCAAAGAGUGGUCUUUGAAGAGCGGGCAUGAGAUUGCCUCAUGA